UGACUGUACAGAUGUCAGCAUGUCACCCGUGUGAGCCAGGCGUAACUUCCCUCUUUGUCAGCUCGUUCGAGCCUGAGCGUCAUAGCUUCAUUUUGAACCGUUAGGCCUCGCCUUCUCGAUUCCAUUUUCCUCGUUCUUCUUCUUCCACAUCAGAGCACGUCGAGGAUCGCCAUUAUGCCCGCCUACAGCCUCGUGGUGCAUCUUUACGCCAAGGACGAUGCAGAAUCUAUUAUGAAGCUCACAGCCAAGUUGCAAGAAGCUUCACAAGUGUACAGCAACGACAAGGAAACAUUGAGCUGGUUUGUGAUGCAGAGCCAGUCCGACAAACGUGCUUUCACCAUUAUCGAGCGUUACGCAACGGAGUCAAGCCAGAAGUACCAUCUGGAGAAUCCCUACUGGCAGACAUUCGACAAAUAUGUAACUCCGCUACUUGACAAGCCAAUGGAUCUACGGCGAUACCACGAGAUCGAUUCGAAGGACGAGGUACGAGUCGAGACCGAUCCGGCGCUCUGGGAGCAUGUGAAGAAGUAUCAGAGCCAGUAA